GAAGGAAACUACGGCACUACGGCAAGACACAAGUAAAAUAGAACGGCACCCACCUAUUCAGCCAUUAGGUCCCCACGUUAGAGUUGUGUUCUACGUUUGUAGUACCUUUGGAAAGGUACGUUACUUCGAACAAAAUGUCAACGAAAAGCACUAAAGGUGUACGUAAACUUGAACGUCCACGCCCACUGCGAUCGAGCUCCGAUUCAGACAGGUCUCCGUCAUCUCUUCUAAGUCCAGCUGAGAGUGUGACUAUGCUACUGGACACAAAUGCACAAUGCUCUGUAAACGAUGAGGAUGUGCUGAAUGAAAUUGAAACGCUUCACGUCUCAUUGAACAAUGGAAACUAUGAUGCCACCAUAUUGUCCCUAAUUGCCAAUGUCUGUGAGCUACUCAAAGUAAAGGGAGCUGCCAUGGAAUCGUCCUUCAAAGAUCAGUUGGACUGUUACUUUGUCACUCUACGUAAUGCAUCGCGUGAUGAGAGGCUGGAUGUGAUAGGCCGUCUGAGGCUUCUUGAGGUGAUCGAACUGCGGGCUUCUGGAUGGAAGAGCAUUGAUUUGAUUGAUUAUUUCAAGUGCAAGUUCGCAGAAUUUGAGCCUCAGCCGUAUCAACAACAGCAGCAGCAUCAACAGCAGCAGCAGCCACAGCAAACACAGCAGCAGCACUCAAUGGCACCUGUUACACCCGCAACAUCACCGCCACUCUCGCUGCAGCCAACGGAAGUGUUGAAGAGCUCAGGGAAGUUUGGUAAACCAGCAAAAAUUCCAGGCCGAAACUUUCUAAAAGAUGAAAUCGUUAUUCGAAACUCUGACUCUGGGAAAGUGAUGGGCAUCAAGGGGCGUCGUGUUCAUAUGAUUGAAGAGCUGAGUGACACGGUGAUCUCCUUCCAGCGAGUGAAUCCAGGUGUGCGGGACAGGCUAGUGCAGAUAACGGGCCCUAGUGAAGAGACAAUAACGCGAGCAAAAGAACUGAUCGAAGAUACUAUUCGACGCAACGCAUCUCCAGUUCGAGAAAUGGGAGACGAGACAGCCAACAGUUACGGCAUGGGAGCAAAAGAGUCCUGCCAGAAGCCUUCCCUCGUACACAGUUACAGCAUGGGUGAUGCUAGUGUGGGUGAAUACACUACCACUGCCUCUGUGGGCAGGGAUACCCUCCGGAUCAGUGGGCACAAGGCCGUCCUGGUUAAGGCUGCGAAAAUGUUCUUGGAGAAGUACUUAUUGAACCAUGGUGACUUGAGUGAAAAGGUAGCUGCAGACAUGCUGUCUGCAUCAAAUCAGGGAUCUUACAUGUCUCCUGAGGCAAACAUGCUCUCUAAUAACCGAGGAGUGUCUGAGCUGUGCACUGAAGCAGCAUCAUGGCAGGGGCUUGCUGUAAGGAGAGACAGUGGCCCACCUAGCAGCCACACCAGCAGCUCAAGUGAUGAGGAGACUUACAAGGAAGACGGUGUACAAGAAUUUUCGGAGAGUGACAUACAGCGGAUGGCGAAGUGCACCGGUGACCCUUCUGAUAGCGUCACCCGGUUUACGUUGGAAAAGGAAAUGAACAUGACUCCGAAGCAUGUUUCUCGGUCCGGCAGCAUAUUGAAGAACUUGCCUGCUCAAAUUGCCACGAGAACGUCAAGUGUUGCUGAGGUGUCUGGCCAGCCAACCAAGCAGUUCAAGCGAUCUGGAAGCUCGCCAGAGUUUUCUGCCAAGGCUGACCGUCCUCAAGUGCCUUCCUCUGCUUCAUUAGAUGCUUCUGAUGCUCCUAUUGACCCAGCAGCUGUACGCAAGUGCUACUCACGAGAUGCUCUUCUUCACAUGUCAGUCUCACCAUUGGCCACACAGAUGCCUCCAGAUUUCCCUUCGUUGGACCCUGAAGUGGCAAAUUUGAUGGUAAAGCAGCACAUCACCCCAUUUGACUCUGAUGGGUUCCGGCAACGGAUGAUGCGUCAGGCCUCAGUCUCCGACUUUGUCUCAAGUUCUCCAGUUUCAUCCACACCUCCGCGUUCUGAUGUAUCAGAGGUGGAAGACUCGGCUGUUGCCUGAAGAAUGUCUGUGUAGAAUGAAAGCGUAUUGUGUUUUUACCAUUUAAAAUACUUCCAAUUUAGGUCAUAACACUCACUCUCAAUGACCUAACAAAAGUUUGUAAUAUGUUCCUUUUGCUGUGAUUUUUCUUGCGCAUGAUUUAUGCUUCUCAAAGCACUACGUGUAAACUAUGCUCUGGGAGGAUUACCCUAGUCCAAAGGUAGCUAACAGUGGUGGCAAAUUUUGUGGUGUAACUGACAUUAUGUAUUAUAAUGUUCAAUCAAGACUGCUUCAGUGUAUUUACCAGUGACCUGUUGCGCUUUCACCAUUAUUUUUCUUCACUAUCACAUGCUCAUGUACUGGUGCAUUGAGUGCUUGGAUGUGUUACAGUAGUGAAUGUUAGUUAUUUGUUGGGCAGUUUUUCUUCAACCAGUAAAUUUUGUUUGUUACUUAAUUCACAUGUGUUUAUAAAAAGCAAGCUUUGUAGUGUCCAAGAAAACGUGAUGGUGUCAUGGUGGCAUCAGAAACGAGCGCAGCAAGUACUGUAAUCGAAGAAUAAUUUAUUUCCUUUCGUAUACUAAUAUGAUGCUCAUAAUGUAAAAAUUUAAGAAAAUCGGUAAAUAUCAAUGUUUGAAAAAAAGCAGAUGUAAAAAGAAAGCGAGCGCAAGAGAUGAAAAGCUUUUAGUUUAAGUCAUUCACUUGUGCUGCUAAGCUAGAAAAUGCGGGUUUGAUUCCUGGCAACAGGGGCCUCAUUUUGAUGGGCACAAAGCGCAAAAACAGUCGUGUACCUAGAUUUGGGUCCAUGUUAAAGAACCCCAGGUGGUCAAAAUUUCCAGAUUAUCUCACAACCCCAGCACUUACUUUUAAUUGAAUCAUUUGUAUGUUCUGAAAACAGGUUGCUGCCUUGAAGGUUGAAUGAGCAAAAGUAAUCAUUGAGCAACAGAACUCUGUGCAACCUUUUCUUACUCAACCAUAUGCACAUUUGUGCUCCCAAAUUGAGGGCAGUGGGCAUUAGGGAGUUUUAGCUUGUAACAUAUUCUUCUCUACGUUACCGUGUUACCGGAUACCGGAUGGAAUCUGUGCAUGCGCGAACCUUUACGUAACGUAAACUACUCGCUGGAUAGGCUUUACGUGUACGGCCCUAUCUCGCAAAUCCACUUUCGUUCGUGGCUACUCGCGAUAUCCGCUUCGCGGAGACUCCAGUUGCCGAGUCAAAAUUAGCCGAAGUGUGAGCGCCACUUACGAUCACCUUAUUUCAGCCGGGUUACCGAGGCUAGAGCGACCUAGAAUACCGAAUCCGCAAACGUGGGAGGCCUAAAGACUCUGACAGGUUGGAUAGGUGGCGCCAUCUAGCGGGGCCAAGGUGUACCAGGCGAGCACAAAAUUGUUAUUGCAGAAACAUAGGGCAUUCUACUCCCAAUGUAAAUGCCUUGCAGCGGCAUCAUUACGAAUGAGUUGCCUUUUUAAUAAUUUUUUCCCCUCAAGAACACUAAGCGAAAACAAACGUGUCCAUGAUUGUGGUUGCGCGAAGCGUCACAAGAUGUCGACACCAUCACCCGGUAACCUGGUAUUGCUACACCCCUUCGCUUAUACCGGGAUACUGCACACGCUGAAAACCUCUCUUAUGAUUUUGCCGCAGCGUAUAAUUCAAUAUUAUCUAAAUUAAAUGUAGUUUAAAUGCUGUUAUCAUCACCAUUUAGUGGUUUACGCAAACGUAAAGGUUUGCGUACAUACGUAAAGGUUUACGUUUGGGCAGCUAAAAAACUUUACUAAAACUCAAGUUCCGGUAAAACGGUAAAAGUAAUCCGGUAACGGUAACGUAAAGAAGUAUACGUUACAAGCUAAAACUCCCUAUUAUGUCCACAAAAUUGUGUGGCUUGUGGUUAAGGUGCAGUGUAAGUUAUUCUGGUAAUACACGUGAGAGUCAGCCUUUAGGUUUCCUCCGUAAAAAAUUAGUAAGCCUAAACUGCUAUCUUCGUAGUGAAUGUAGAUGUGUCCAUGCUUGACAGGUUGGCCCUACUGUUGCAAGAGCAUGCACACAUAGUUUUGCUUCCUCCUUUGUAUGUGUGUGCCACAGUUGAAUAUUUCAGACAUUUAACUUUUUUUCUUGCCCUUCUCAUCUGUUGUGUUUCCAAUUUUUGCAUUUACUUUUCACAUUUGUGAAUGCCAUUUACUUGUGUCCAUUCUUAACCCAUGUUUUAGCAGCUGAACCUGGCAGCACAAGAGUCAUACCAGUGGUCUGCCAUUAGCACACCCCUACACCUUGCCAAGGAACUGUCAGGCCUAUGGUAGUCAUGUCGCAUAGUAGUUGAAAAGGAAGCUUAAAACUGCGCUAUACAUCAUUGACGUAACCAGGGGAAUUCAUUCAAUCCUCCCCCCCGGCCUUUGAAAAAAAUAUAUUCUGGCUAUGCCCCUGCUAUCCGUAUUCUGUUUUUCAUUAUCUAUCAUCUAAGAGAAAAUGCAUCCCCCUUCCUCUGUGCUUCUUUUCUCCUAGCUUUAAGUUUUUAUACACGAAAUGCGAAACGGAAAGGCCUUAAAGGCCAACUCCGGCGAUUUUUCGAGGUCGAUUGAUCUCAGUGAAAUUCGCUGGGUACGUUCCUUUGCACGUUUCCGUCAUUUAUGCCAAAUUACAGGCUUGAGACAUGCGCAGAUUGUUUGCAAAUGAAUUUUAAAGAUUGUCUGCAAACGCCCUCCUGGCUUCCCACAAUUAUUGGCAACAUUGCGUCUGUGACGUCAGUGUUGGCAAGGCGGCAGAAGUGACGCAGCUGAGGGCACCGCUAACUUCGGCGCUUAGGCCGUUACAGCGAGCGUCUGCUGUGCACAAGGCGACAGACAGCGUUGGUUUGGCCGGCGCUUCGCUGGUCUUCCCGGCUGUCACAGUUUUCAUACUCCGCGCCGGCGUGACCGGCAUGCCUUGCACGACUUCCGGUUCGUUUGUAACAACGUCUACGUCAUACGUAGACAGUACACUCGGUUGGGUUUCGGUUUCGGUGUUGCACUUUUUUGCUUAUUUAAAAUUAUCCUCCAAUUUGCCGAGUAUUUCUGCUAUCGGGCCUGUAACAGGAGCGUCUCAGGAACAUAAAAGCACCAUUACUUUGACAUGGCCAAAAAAUCGCUGGAGUUGGCCUUUAACUUGCCUGAAAAUGGCUACCUGCACACCGUGUCUGUCAUGAAAAUAAAUAGUAGUGUUCACAGGAUUAGCAAGUGUCCUGGAGGGACACAUUUUACAAAAUAUCCGUUUAAUUUCAAAGAGUGGAAUAGCUCAUGUGAAGAUUAUGAGCAGUAAACUGUAAUUGCUCACCGAUAAUUUGAACUUGCAAGGGUUAGAAUAAUUGGAAGUCUGAAGUAACAGAUUUGCCAGCAAAUAAGCAUAUUUACUUUACAUUUCUCCCAAAAAAUAUUGUCUGCUCGUCGCUCUCUGUGCACAUGUUUGCCUACAAGUUGGGUUAGUCCAUACUUCAACAUUGUGAUACUUGUCCGGCUACAGAAAAUCGGUCAGUUCUUACGUCGACCAUGUUGCCAUUGCAUAUAAAAUGUAGAAAGAAUGCAUGUUAAGAAUCUCUCCCAUGGCAACUAAAAUGGCUGGCGAGUGUCUUCGUAGCAGUCUUUGACAAGUACUUUGCUUGGUGCAGACAGGGAUGUUGGAGUUGGCGCUAUUUGAAGCUGCUUGAUAAUUUGUGAAUAAAAAAAAUUAUAGCAAUCAAGGAAAUCACUGAGGGCAUUGUCACUGUUUAAAACAUAAAAGUACACAUAUAUUGGAUGCUGUGUUAGUUUUGUGUCUGAUAAUCCCAAAAUUAAAUCGUAAAUGGUCUAACGUUUUAUAUAAUUAAUGCUAGCAUCGUUAAUUAUGAACAAUUUCAGCAUCACUUCAAAACGCCCACCUAAAAUCGUAAGAAACUAGCAUCCUACCGCGGGGGAGUGCCAUAAGAUCACGUGCGCUCAGACUUUGGUGAUGUUGAAAGCGUAAUUUUUGAAAUGCAGUAUCACGCGUGGUAUAGGAUGGAACAGUGUGAUGGCUGGUGUAUGCGUUUAGCCUGUUAAGCAUUCACUGGGCUGUCAAGAGCAUGCCCCCUCAUGAAGAUAAAACAUCCUUGGCGCAAGCAGCCAGAACUACCUUGAGAGCAGCCUUACAUCAUAGCGAGAUGGAUGACGAACAAUAGCCCCCUUGGGCACCAGUCCUUGCGCUCCGAAAACUUGUCUGUGACGUCAACAACACUCGCUUCGCUAGUUGAACGUCACACAGGGUCCCCUAUCAGUAUCAUACUAGUGGCGAUGUUGCAAGGCGCUGCCAACUCAGGUGAGCACUGAACUCACAGUUACUUUAAAACCAAAUUAAAAUAUCUUAAAGGCAACAUUUGCCACUAAUAAUCAGUCAGAAGUAGCCACGUAUACAGGGCAUUUAAACAACACAAACAUCUUGAGCUUUCAAUAUUGGUGUCGGGGUCUUUAAAACUUGUGAAACGAACCAAAAAUGCAGCCUUUAUAACUUGAGUGGCUUAUUGGUAUCGAUUUCAAAGCAGUGCCAGCUAUUUUGUCAGUUAUGUACCUAAACAAAAAUAUUGCUCGGUCUGUUGAAUUUUAUGGCUAUGCCUGCAGCCAUUCAGGCAGAUUUUUCGGAACAGUGCACUACAAGGUGCUGAAAAUUUCAGUCGUCCUUAUGCGUUGUAUGUGGGGUCAGUGACCAUGUCAUGAAGUUGUAACUUGAGCGGCAUUCUCAAUGAAUCUUGUAUAUUUGCUUGCAAGAUGCCUACAUGAUUUCUAUGAGCCACUAAGAGUCUGUUGAAAGCAUCCCUUUAGUGUAUCAUUAGAACAGUUUGCUUGGUGACUGCCUGUGUUCUUACUCUGAGGUGAAAAUGUUGACAUUCAGCUUUGCUGCUAAGACAUACUUGUGACUGUAUAAACACAUUGACAUUGAGCACAAGCAAGUGGACGCCUGUGUGUUUGUUCAUUAAUGCUUGCAUAGCUCCACAUGAUUAUCAUUGCUAAUGCAGUUGAACAGUCUCAAGUAUGUCCAAAAUUUUAAUUGUUGGUUUUUAGAAUGUUUUGUUUUUUUGCAUUGUGUUCAGUUUGUUUUACUUAUGAGGCGGCUGCUUUUCUGUGUUCAACACCUUUCGAUUCACAGGUUCACAGGCAGAAGACUUGAUGCCGAGAGAAAAAUGUCAAGUAUGGCUGCCGAAGAUGAAAGCCCGGGACAGGGCUGAUCAGAGUUCCAAAACACUUAGCUUCUUACCAAAGGUCUUAACAAUAUUUUAUAUUAUUAAAGGUUUGCUCUUCAGUUAAAUUUUUAAUCUUCUAAUGCUGGUUUAUGUUCUCCAAAAGGUUGCUUUGGUUUCCGCUGUCUUCGAAAAUUUUAUUUAUUUGUUUAAAUAGAAACCUUUUGUUGUAUUUAUGUUUAAAGGGCCCUUGAAAUACUUUUCCAAGUAAUCAUGAAAUGACCUUACUGUCGGGGUUUAUCACGUCGCGGAUCAACUGCCGCAAAAAUUUUUAGAAUCCGUUAAGUACAAGUGGAGUUGCAGAGCACUGGCCCGCAUCGCGGUGGCUGCAGUAACCAUGCAGCUCAGGAUGUUCAAAUCGACCAAUGGCAGUGUUCUUUUGGUAUGUGACGCAGUUGAUUUGAGUAUAUGUCGUCAUUUGUCGUGAGAAGAGCGAUUGAUUUCUGGCUGACUUCGAAAUUUAAUUGUAAAUUCCCUGCCACGUGCUGUUUGGCUCACUUGUUCGCAGGAGCCUCGACUACCAAUCGGCAGCAUUUUCUGACCAUGUUCAAAAAGUGUUACAAGGCCCCUUUAAGAGCAUGAUAUAUGUAGUGUUGACUUUCUUGCAACUCUCCAAAGAAUGUUUUAGGGUGAACUGUGUCGCUAUUUUUGUUUGCUGGAGAAAUCUGGAAUAGUUUGAAGGAAUCCUCCACAUGUUCCAUUGAAUGUUGGGAAUAGCUAGGCAGAAAAAUGGCAUUUACAUUCAACGACAAAACAAAGACAAAACCUCACUUGGUAGUGACUCACAGCAAAAUAAUUUUUGCUCCUCAAACAAUGCAAUAUAUAACCAAGAGGAAACGGAAGACAAGCAAACUCCUUAUUUUGUUUUGGUAAAUGAUAAAGGGUGGGCUUUAUAACAAUAUAAGUACUAUAUUAUAAUAAUAUAAUAGCCCACAUACAUUUAAAGAAUCUUCCCUAUUGUCAUUUGUAAAGCAAUAAAUUGCUUAUGCUUAUGUAUGUGGCACUGUAUGACUAAGUUACUGCCCGUCAUUUAUUGCAAUGUGCUGGUUUGCUUAUGACUGUCUGCUCUUUGGUUGGUUGGUAACUGUAUACAACAUGGAUGUCCAUUCUGUAGCAGAUUUCUGAAGUGGGAUAUUUUAAAUGUCAUUGAAAUCAAUGCAGCUGAAGUAUUGGAUAAGAUUUUUUAUGCAUACCUUAUGGGGUCGACGGUGCUAAAGAAUAUUCAUUGUGGCAUGCAGCUUCAACACUCCUUUUGAUCUACUCCUCAAAGCUUACAGGUAUCUUUAAUGAGUAAGUGUUACCAGCUUAUUGAGAGAAAGAUGUCAGUGGUUCCCUUAAACUUGACAAUUCAUGAGCUUGAGCACAGUAGAAUUUAAGGCUGCGAAAAUUUAACUCUACCCUCUAGCACUUGCAGGUGCACCUAAACAUUCGUCCUUACACCGUGAUUUGUAGUAGUGUAUUGAUCUACGGUAGGGUACUGUCUAGAGUAGUGUAUUUUAUUGUCAAGAAUUUCAUCCUUGCUCGAAAGAAAACACCGCCCCCCCGCCCCCCCCGAAAUUUUUGUAAGACCGAAUAUGUCGCAUGCAGUGUGUUCAAAAACAGCUGUUCACUCCCAUCUCCUCCCCCGAAAUAAAAUCCCUGGAAAAAGCAGGCAAGAAUACUCACACUUCUCCCCAGCAAUUGUCUGUGUAAAAUGGGAGGGUAGUGUGAAUGCGAAAUUAUUGUUGAGCGGGAAAUUCACUGAAUAUAUCGAAACUGGGGUGCUCUAGAAGAAUCGAACAAGAUGGGGUCAUAUUCGAACACAGUCGUGAAGCUUGUGAUAUCAAACGUACUCAAAUAAUAACUUGAUAUACACACACUAAAAUGUCAGAUGCAACAAAGAGCAACCACUGCAUGGGGAAUAAACCGCUUACUACAAUGCUCCCAUGUGACAUUUUAAGUUGUAAUGAAUAAAUAUGACUACUGUAUGUCUACACCAAAGAGACUAAGAACGCGGAAUUCCAUGGGAAAAGAAAAGACCUAGAUGCUGACACUACGACACUGUAUAACUUGUAGUAACUGAAGAACUGCGGUAAAUGUACCAGUUGGUUGUGCAAGACAGGGUUCAUGAUGCUUCCAGACAUAGCUUACUA